UUCAAUUCAAUUCAAUUCAAUUCAAUUCAAUUCAACCCCAUUUUCCUUCCAAACAAAAAGCAAUGCAAAAAGCAAUGGCUGAAGACGCCCCAGUAAACAUCAUUAUGAUCGGCAUGGCCGGGUCAGGCAAAACAACGCUCCUGCAGCGGCUAAACGCGCACCUCCACGAGCAAAAAACACCGCCCUACGUAGUAAACCUCGACCCAGCAGUCACCAAGCUCCCGUUCCAAGCCAACAUUGAUAUCCGGGACACAGUGGACUACAAGCAGGUGAUGAAGGAGUACAACCUCGGACCCAACGGCGGCAUCCUCACGUCCCUCAACCUAUUCACGACAAAGCUCGACCAAGUCAUGGGCAUCGUGGAGAAACGCGCGCAAUCAAACAAAUACUUCCUCUUUGACACACCCGGCCAGAUCGAAAUCUUCACCUGGUCGGCCUCCGGUGCCAUUAUCACGAAUACGCUGGCCGCCACCUAUCCCACAGUGGUUGUCUAUGUGGUGGAUACGCCGCGGACAGCGAACCCAGCCACAUUCAUGUCCAACAUGAUGUACGCGUGCUCGAUCAUGUACAAGACUCAGUUGCCGUUUUUGGUGGCCUUCAACAAGGUCGAUGUGGUCUCGCAUGAGUUUGCCGUUAAUUGGAUGGAGGACUUUGAGGCGUUCCAGCAGGCACUCAGGCAAGACGAUGAGUGCUUUAUGAACUCGCUGAUGAACUCUAUGAGCCUUGUGUUGGAUGAGUUUUACUGCCAUUUGCGCGUCGUUGGCGUAUCGGCGAUGACUGGGCAGGGGAUUGGGGAGUUCUUUGAGAAGAUUGGCGAGCCUAUGGAGAAGAAGAGGGAGGAGGACCGUGGCAAGAAGGAGGCGCAGGUUGAGCGUCUGAUGAAGGACCUUUCGGUGACAGAGGGAAAGGAGGUCGAUCUUACGGGAGAAAAAUAAAAGAAAUAGAAAAGCGGUCACAAAAAAAAUAUAAAAAAUAUAUAAACCUUUAGUAAUUAUUUUUCCGUUUUGGUUUCUUGAAUUCAGGUAUUAUAU